GUUGUUGCAGGUGGUGGACUGAAGACAAUGCUGAAUGCCAUGGAAGUUCCAAGUCAUGCUAGGGAUCUCCUCCUGCAGCUGAACAGCCAGCGCACCAAAGGCUUCCUGUGUGACGUUAUUAUUGUGGUGCAGAACGCCCUCUUCAGAGCUCACAAGAACAUUCUGGCUGCCAGCAGCCACUACUUGAAGUCCUUGGUGGUCCAUGACAAUCUUAUCAACCUAGACCACGAAAUGGUGAGUCCAGGUGUCUUCAGGGUCAUUCUGGACUACAUCUACACAGGACGCCUUAGUGAAGGAGACCCCACCUCUCCCACUGAACCAAAUCUGGGUGCUGUCUUGGCAGCAGCCAGCUAUCUUCAGCUGCUCGACUUGGUGGCCUUGUGCAAAAAGAAGCUAAGAAGAAAUGGCAAGUACCCUCCACGUCCGGCUUUUCUCCCUUACUCCAAGAUGGGCCCUGGCAGUUUGGGUAUAGGGAAUGGAGGCAGGUAUAGGGUUUCUACUCCUGUAAUUCAGUCCUGUCCUCCAGGAGGAAUCCUGAAUGCACCCAGGACAUCGUCGUUAGAAGACCUGGUCCCCCAUCGAAUAGCCAUUCAUACUGGGGAGUUGUAUGCACCUACUUCCAACCAGAGCUCUCAGAUGUUCCCGUCUCUGCCUGCCCAGCUGGGACGCUCAGCACAUCCUGAGAGGAACUGCUCCCCCAGCUUUGGCCUAGAUCUUUCUAAGAAAAGCCCCACCUCCCAGUCUCAGCUCACUCCGUCUCAAACUCAUCUGGUGAACAGUCACAGCAACGAGGAACGAGAUGGGACUCUGAGUGGACGCACUAGUCCCAUUCAGGGUACAAAUGGAAGAGCCUUUCCAUUGGAAAAAGUGGAAUCUACGGACCAGGCAGGUUCCCUCACCCCUCCACCAUUCUCCCAUCUAAACCAGCCUUUGGGCCCUCACCUCCCUCAUCUGCAUCGCUCAGGUUCCCAUGGGACAGACCGCUACCCGUGUCCCACCAGCCCUGAUACCCCUACAGAAGGUGGAGAAGUAGGCAGAGAAAUGGGUAACAUUUAUCGCUGGGUGAAACACGAGCCGCUGCCAUACACAGCUGAAGAUGAAGAUGAGGAUGAAGAGGAGGAGGAAAUGGGUGAAAAUGGUGAGCAGCAUCAUAACCAUCACAAGCAAGGAGAGGAGAGCGAAGGAGUGGAUGACAAGAGUGGGUCAGGCACAGAGGAGACAGGCAGCAGUGAGGGACGACCAUCCCCUACAGGACUGAUGGGAAGGUUCCAUAUGCCGUAUGAGCCAGAGAGCUUCGGGGACAAUCUGUAUGUCUGUAUUCCCUGUGAUAAAGGUUUUCCUAGCUCAGAGCAGCUUAAUGCACAUGUGGAGACGCACACAGAAGAGGAGCUGUAUGUCAACUCUGGUGGGGAAAUGGGAAACAGCAAUACUGGCAGCACCAAAAACACGAGCAACACCACAAAUGGUUAUGGAAGCCUCAACAGCAGCAACACGCUGAACAGUCUUUCACCUCUAGAGACAAAAUCUGAUCAGGGACUGAAUUCAGGGGUUAUUGGGGAGAUGAUAAGACCGUAUCGCUGUUCCAGCUGUGAAAAGUCCUACAAAGAUCCAGCCACUUUAAGGCAACAUGAGAAGACCCACUGGCUAACACGACCUUACCCUUGCACCAUUUGUGGCAAGAAGUUCACACAGCGUGGUACCAUGACGCGCCACAUGCGCAGCCACCUUGGCCUUAAACCUUUUGCCUGCGAUUCCUGCGGUAUGCGCUUCACACGCCAGUACCGCCUCACUGAGCACAUGCGCAUACACUCCGGGGAAAAGCCCUAUGAAUGUCAGGUGUGUGGUGGGAAGUUUGCCCAGCAGCGAAACCUGAUCAGCCACAUGAAGAUGCACAGUAGUGGAGGAACUGCAGGGGGUCUGAACCCAGAUGGGAAACUGAAGUUGGACUUUGCAGAGGGCAUCUAUCCCCUGAGCAAAUAUGCAGCAGAGCACCUGGGGCUGAAGCAGGAAAAGGCCAAUGAGCUCAUCAUUCAAGCACGGCAGCAUCUGGAUGCCAAGGUCAUAGAGAGCCUGUACCCACUCUCCAAACUGGCCUCUGAGCACCUGGGCCUUACCCAUGACAAGAUGGAUGUUCUGGGCCAACCACUGCCUCUUCCCCUUCCUCCACAGACCCUGUCUGAAGUGCAAGCCAUUGACCGCUACUCACCCAGUUAAGACAUAUGACAAUUGUAAAUGGCAACCACCAAUAAGUUUGCAUGCACACACCGUUUGCAGUAUUCUAAAGCCAUUCACCUCAACCCAGUAUCUCCGCUGCACCUCAGACUCAAGCCAAGUGGAACUAGUCUGCUAACACACGCCAAAAAUUGUAGACUGCAAGUGCCUUUCUUUGCAUCUAAUGUAUCUCUUAAGUUCUUCAUGAAGGAGCUCUUCACUCUUUCUACGUGACCAAGGAACACUCAUUCAAAGACUUGCAGUAUUUAUGUACAGCGUAUGCAAAGAAACAUUUCUUUUCUUCCAGCUAUUGAGCCAUAGAGACAAAAAAAAAAUUAAAGCCAAAAUGAAACGGAUUUUAUUUAUUUUUGUAUGAUAACAUCCAAAGAAAGAGGGUUGCAAAGGAACUUUGCAAUCUGACCCUAAACCUGUGUAAUAUUCAUCUUUGUAUGAAAAAAGGAAGAAAAAAAAAAAAGCACAUAUGAACAAUAUUCAGGGUUGUUUUGUCCUGAGCAGAACUUAUGUAAAAGUCAACGC